GAUCAGAGUGGGGGGUUUGAGGGUUUUUUGGGGGGGGGGUGAAGUUGGACCUGCAGAGUUUGGACUCUCUGACUCAGUCUGCAGACAUCAUGGCUCAGCUGGUGGAGUGCGUCCCCAACUUCUCUGAGGGUCGAAAUAAAGAGGUGAUCGAUGCGAUCGCCGCCGCCGUCUCUGGCACCCCGGGCUGCAGCCUGCUGGACGUCGACCCCGGUGCCUCCACCAACCGCACCGUCUACACCUUCGUGGGCUCGCCUGCGGCUGUGGUGGAGGGCGCGCUGAAUGCUGCCCGGCAGGCCUUUACCCUCAUUGAUAUGAGCAAACACUCAGGUGAGCAUCCUCGGACCGGAGCGCUGGACGUCUGUCCCUUUAUCCCCGUCCAGAAUGUCUCCAUGGACGACUGCGUCCAGUGCGCCAUCGCCUUUGGACAGAGACUGGCAGAGAUGCUGCACGUCCCCGUGUAUCUUUAUGGAGAAGCAGCACGAAAGGAAACGAGGAGAAGUCUUCCAUCUGUCCGAGCCGGAGAGUAUGAAGCUUUACCUGACAAGCUGAAGCGUCCUGAUUGGUCCCCUGACUUUGGCCCCGCCAUGUUCGUACCAUCGUGGGGCGCGACAGUAACCGGCGCUCGUAAGUUCCUUAUCGCCUACAACGUGAACCUGAUCAGCACCAAGGAGCAGGCUCACCGCAUCGCUCUGGACAUCAGAGAGCAGGGCCGAGGGAAAGACCAGCCGGGGCUGCUGCAGAAGGUGCAGGGGAUGGGCUGGUACCUGGAAGAGUCCAACAUUGCUCAGGUGUCCACCAACAUCCUGGAUUACGAGCUGACCCCCCUCCACAGGGUGCACCAGGAGGUCUGCAGGGAGGCUGAGGAGCUGAAGCUGCCUGUGGUGGGAUCUCAGAUCGUGGGUUUGAUCCCUCUGAAGGCCGUGCUGGACUCUGCUGACUUCUUCAUCCACAGAGACGGACUCUUUAUCGUCGAAGAGGAGCACAAAGUCCGCCUGGUGAUCAGUAAACUCGGCCUCGACUCUCUCGGUCCGUUCAACCCUGAGGAGAGAAUCAUAGAGUACAUGGUGAGGUCACAGGAGGACAGCCAGCUGGUGUCUCUGUCUGUGCAGCAGUUCGUUCGGAGUGUCGGCGCUCGGACGGCUGCUCCCGGCGGAGGAUCGGUGUCUGCCGCUAUCGCUGCUAUGGGGGCGGCGUUGGGCGCCAUGGUGGGUCAGAUGACAUACGGGAAGAGGCAGUUUGAGAACCUGGACAGCGUGAUGAGGAGGCUGAUUACGCCGUUUCAUCACGCCAUGAAUGACCUGCUGAUCAUGGUGGACGCCGACUCAUCAGCCUUCAACAGCUACAUGGCGGCCCUGAAAAUGCCAAAGAACACUGCCGAGGAAAUAAAAAGGAGAGAGGCUGCGAUGCAGGAGGGUCUGCAGCGAGCGGUGAGUGUGCCCUUGGCUCUGGCUGACAGGAUCAGCGUCCUCUGGUCUCCUCUGAAGGAAAUGGUCGUCCAUGGAAACAUCGCCUGCAAGUCUGAUGCUCAGGUGGCAGCUAAAGCUUUAGAGACGGCGGUUUUCGGAGCGUAUUACAACGUCAUCAUCAACCUUAAAGACGUGACAGACGACACCUUCAGGAUGGCUACUCAGAAGAGAGUGGCGGCGUUGCUGCAGGAGGCGAAGGAGAGCGCCGCUGCCGUCCUCCUCGCUGCUGACAAGAGGAACUGAAUCUUCUUCUUCUACGACGUUUAACCUCAGAAUCUUAGUCAGUUAUCUUAGUGUUUUUACGUGAUCAGUUAAUGAACCUGGUCUACAGCUACGUCUUAUUUUAAUAUCGUCCACAGAAGAUGAUUCACUGUUCUCCUCCCUGAUGUUAAAUGUUAAUAAAACUGUUUCUGAUCUUUGACCCUAAAAAGACUGAACAACUUUGAAAGCUCCUGAAAGACAUGUAAAGAACAGAAGAAGGUCCUGAUGGUCAUGGUCUUGAUGAUCAUGGUCCUGAUGGUCAUGGUCCUGACUGUCACAUAGUUUCACACAGUAAUUAUUUAUUACAUUUACAAAAAUGUAAUUUUUAAAAUUUGUGUUAAUUUAUGAAAAACAUUACUCAGCCUGUCUGUUAAGCUAACAUUAGCUUAGCAUUAUCUCGUUAAUGAAGUUAACGUGAGUCUCGGCCGAUGUGUUCUCUCUAUAUAUAUUAUAUACUGUAGUCAAAAUAUAUAUUCAGUGUUGGUGACUGUACUGGGUCAUCGUUAAUCAUGACACACUGUUUAAUGCUUCAUAAAAACAAAUGACAUUUUAAUCAUAUAAAGUGUCGGUGGCUCUGUGCUUGUGUUGCUUGGUUACAGCCAGUGUUAAUGCAGCUUGGUUUCAAUAAAGAAUAAAAAAAAAAGGU